GAUUGGUCUGCAGGGUCCUCUGCGCCCAUAAAGAGGGCUGUGCUUUGUGCUGACAGGACGCCUCACACUAUAUACCCGUGUUUCAUCGGGGUUGAUUCCUACUGCCCAGUGUCUCCAGCUCCGUGUCCACCAGCCUCCACCUUCUCUCUGCGCAGGCCUGAACCGAACCUCAUCAUGUCUGACGGAAAGAAAAUGACUUCCAGCCGUAGGCACCAUCUGAAGAGUCUGAUGCUGCAGAUUGCAGCAACCUGGAUUGAGACCGAGAAGCAGGAGCUGGUGGAGGCCAAGCAGAACUACAUGGCCGAGAACUGCCCUAACCCCGACAUGAGUGGAGACUUGGCUGCACUGAUGGAGAUUUGCAAGAAGCUCUCCCAGGCGGCCGACAAGAUAGAUGAUGAGCGCUACGACGUGGAGUCCAAAGUGGUGAAGGCCAACAAGGAGAUCGAGGACCUGCGGAUGAAGGUGGUGGAGCUGGGAGGCGUGAAGAAGCCAGCCCUGAAGAAGGUCCGCAUGUCUGCUGAUGCCAUGCUGCAGGCCCUACUAGGAGGGAAACACAAGGUCACCAUGGACCUCAGGUCCAACCUCAAGCAGGUCAAGAAGGAGGUCAAGGAGGAGAGCGUAGAGGCCGGAGAUUGGCGCAAAAACAUUGAGGACAAGGCGGACAGGAAGAAGAUGUUCGAGACGUCUUAGAGAGGUCCAGACGCUGGAGAAGGAGAGGUCUGCUUCACGCCUUCGGCUUGAUUCCACCGGGGGACUGAUGGACGCAGUUAGUGCUAUUUCAGUUCUCAUGUUAACAUUUAGGAAUCAAACUUCAAAUUGUACAGGAUUCUUGGAAUUGUUGAAAAUAAAUGCUUUGAAUUAA